CUUCCAAAAGACUGAAACCCUCCUCCAUUUGCCCUUCAAUGGCUAAGUAUCGGAGGCCAAACCCACAUUUCACCUUCCUCUUCCUCACCUUGUUUGCUUAUUGCUUCUUUCAGGGCAAGUCAUCGUCUUGGCUCAACACCGAAGCCAAUGAAGUUGUAAUGGUGCAAAGCAGGCGUCAGGAUUGGCCUAAGAGAUGUGAUUUCUCAGUUGGUAAAUGGAUUUAUGAUCAAUCGUACCCUUUGUAUGACUCCAACUGCCCAUAUCUUAGUACUGCAGUCACCUGUCAAAGAAAUGGAAGACCAGAUUCUGGCUACGAGAAGUGGAAAUGGAAGCCGAAUGGUUGUUCUCUUCCAAGGUUUGAUGCACUGAAAUUUCUUGGGAAGAUGAGAAGGAAAAGGAUAAUGCUGGUGGGUGAUUCUAUUAUGAGGAACCAAUGGGAGAGUCUGGUCUGCCUGGUGCAAGGAGUUAUACCAACAGGACAUAAGAAGGUGACCUACAAUGGUCCUUCAAUGGCCUUCCAUGCCUUGGAUUUCGAGACAUCGAUCGAGUUUUCUUGGGCUCCUUUGCUUGUGGAGCUGAGCAAAGGAGCUGACAACAAGAGGGUCUUGCAUUUGGAUCUGAUUGAGGAGAAUGCAAGAUAUUGGAGAGGUGUUGAUGUUCUAGUGUUUGACUCGGCACACUGGUGGACUCAUUCUGAUCAAUGGAGUUCGUGGGACUAUUACAUGGAGGGAAAAUCUCUCUAUAAAACCAUGAAUCCAAAUAUUGCAUACCAGAAAGGACUCACAACAUGGGCAAAAUGGGUCGAAUUGAAUCUGGAUCCUCGAAAAUCCAGAGUAAUUUUCAGAACAAUGUCGCCUAGGCAUAACAGAGAAAAUGGGUGGAAAUGCUAUAACCAGAAAACCCCCCUUAAAAUUUUCAGCCACCCUCAUGUUCCUGAUCAAGUUGUAGUACUUAAAGGGGUAUUAAGAAGAAUGGGAUUUCCAGUACAUCUACAUGACAUUACGACGAUGUCAGCUUUUCGAAGAGACGCGCAUCCUUCUGUUUAUAGAAGGGCGUUGAACCAAGCACAGAGGCAGCACGCAAGGGAGUUUUCGUCCGACUGUAGCCAUUGGUGCCUCCCUGGGGUGCCUGAUAUUUGGAAUGAGAUGUUGAGUGCAAUGCUCUAAGAAAGUCACCAAUGGUGAAUUUGUUUUAACUGUUUCUUCCAAAAAUGUAGUCUUUGCACUCUCUUCAGGGUUUUUGUAUGAAAAUGUUAAGAGAGAGUGUCUGUGUAUAUGUUUGGCACGCUCAAUUCAGUAAAUCAUCCGUUUAUUUGUGUGUU